UAUCAUGAUGCAGUGAUAAAAGAUACAGGAGACAUGUCACAUGGAUGAAUCAGACGCGUUUUGGAGUGGAAGUGGUGACUCCUCUACGGCCCAUUAAGUUGUGCAAAGGGACUAUUCACUUGGCUAACACAGACAGUCCCCAAACUCAUAAUAGAACUAUAAUGUGAAAAAUCUGAACAAAAUUUUGUCCUAACCCUAACCUGCCAAACCUGGUACACAAUCUACAGGAGUAUCCUUUUCUAUAGCUUGAUAUUUUGCCUUAUUUUUAUAUAAAUGCUUAUCGUAAAAAAAAAUGGUGGCAUACAGCGAUUUUUUUUAUUCAAAUAGGCUAUAUUGACAAUUUUGUAAAAAUUGAAAAUUUUGGUAAGAUAAUUGUAUUUUCCUGAUGGGACCGCGGCCCAUAGCUUGAUGGGCCAUGGCAUAUGUGGCCCAAUCAGAUGGGCCGUGGCUCCGGCCCAUGGGCCGUAGAGGAGUCACCACCCCUGUAGGCAUUUUGGGUGCAGACUGUGGAUGGUACCAUAGGGAAUAUUCAGAUAAGGUAACAAUGUACCAGUCAUUAGUUUGGUUCAAUAUAACUUCAGAACUGCGACCAUCAUAUUGCAUCAAUGGUGUUACUUUCAUUUUGAAAGCAAGCUAUUUUCAGUUUGCAAAAUUCAAAAAAUCUGAUUAUCAAUCACUUCGUUAUUUCUGUAUAUUUGAGCGAAUUUUAUUAAGAUUUCAUAACGAGGCAAGGGGCAACUGUUGGAUAAAAAGACCAAAAUUACCAUACAGCCAUAUCACUUUUCCAUUUAUUUAAUACGGUAUUGAUUAGUUUAUUGAAUUUAAUGACCUCAAGUUGGGUAAACCAUUCAUACUUUUCGUGCUUAUGAGCAAGACAAGUGGAUUUUUGGAAUAUGACAGUAAGCCUCAGUUGUAACUGAUUUCUCAUUUUCAAGAUAUUUCAUAUUUCACUGAGCUAAGUUGUAAAGAGUUGUUGACUACAUUUGUUAAAGGUCAAAACACAUGGCCUCCCCUUGGUCCUACUAUCCUAUUUAAAUAACUCGUAAUGCAGUAAUGAAUGGUCAGACAAUAUGGGACUAGAUUAGACUCUUUUGUCCAAAUCCCAUGAAUUUAGUCGAAAGAUUUUUUAAACCAUUUAAUCACUUUUUUAGCAAUGCCCAAUCAGUUUAGAUUUUUUAUGGCUCUUGACAAUCCUCUUCAAUUUAUCACAUUGCUUUCUACUUUCAUUGCAUUCUAUUUUCUUUGCAUAACUUUCAAUUGGUCAUUAUUAGCCUAUAUGUUUUAGAAGUACAAAAGCCUGGAAGUUCAAAACAUUUGCGUAUUUUCGUUCGUUCAUUCCUGGCCGAAGCAUCGUUGAACUAGAUUUAUGCUUUAAUUAUUAUGUAAUCAAUGUUAUUGGUGGUAUGGUCGCCAACAAACUUGUUUGGAUAUUUACUGGAUCUGUGAUAGUACUUUCGUAUUAUCUGUCAUAUGGCCAACCUGACUGUGAGGAUUUCUUGAUGAAGGAUGUUUGUUCUGCAUACUAUAGUUUUGGACAAUGCCACCUGUAUCAAGCCAGACGGGAUUGCAGAAAAACUUGCAAAGUUUGUGGGGAAGGAUGGUCGACAUGGUCAGAGUGGAAACUUUGUUCAGCUCAAUGCGAUGGUACUCAAUCACGAACAAGAUCAUGUUUGUCAAGUGCUCUACAUUGUCCAGGAGAAGAUUAUGAAGUACAGUCUUGUAAUAGAGAAGGAGCAAAGUGUGGCGACGAUCCAGAUGAACUGGAAGAACCAGAUGAAGAAGAAGUUGAUGAAGAAGAAUUUUUAUCUGAAAAUCUGAUGAAGCAUGUUUGCAAUGAAUAUCAAUUUCGCUGCACUCCUGAUUCAUAUGUUUGCAUCGAUAACGAUUUAAUAUGUGAUGGAUAUGAUGAUUGCCCAAAUGGUUUUGAUGAAGAUUUUGGUAGCUGUGCUUUGGCUACUAUCAGUAACUCUUCUUUUCAAAUAAAGAAUGAAUUGAUGCAAGUUUGUCUUGAAGUGGUAACUGAUGAUCCACUUGGUCCUGUUGAUAGUGUCAGAGGAUAUCGAAGAUGUCCAAGUGAUUACAGUCCUCAUAGAAAAAAAUAUACAUGGCGAUGGUGGAAAGGCUAUAAUUUGAUUAAUUUGUAUUCCGGUGACUGUCUAACUGCUGAUGAUCCAAGGAAAAAUUCUGAACCUUCCGUUAGAGUGGAACCGUGUAAUGAUGCCAUGGCAAAUCAGCAUUGGAUGUGUGAAAACAGUACUCUCACAACAUUAUUGAUACGAUUACGGGAAGUUAAUAAUAAAAAUACUCCACGUUUUCUUAAUCUUGGGGAAGACAACCUGGGAUGGCCUCUUAUAUUCUCUGUUAAUAUGACGACAAUGUCAUCAAUGUGGCAUAAAGGACCCAAGGAACCUCCUGAAAGUAUUUGUAAAGACUUGCAAGUUUACUGGUCAGAUUGGUCAACUUGGACUGAUUGUACAUUAACUUGUGGUGCGGGGAUGAGAACGAAGAAUAGAUUUUGUGUUAAUGGUGUGAAGGGAAUUCCUCCAUGUGACGGAUCAUCUGAUGAAAGUGAACCUUGUAACAGGGAUGUUUCAUGUAAAAAGGUUGCGGGAUUGAAUCAGAACAGCAAAUGUAGGUCUGGAUUUUAUAUGCUUGAUAAUGAACAACGUGCAAAAUCAACCAACGUUCUCGAUCCUUCUUGUUACUCGAUUAAUGGGAUGUUGAGUCCAAAAACGUUUGAGGGAGCAGAUGAGUCUUGCAAAAACCAUCGUGGAACUCUUUCCAGCAUGAAAACGGAAAAAAGUCAGGAAUUUAUAAAAGAUUUAAUGAAAAAUUAUACUGUUCCUCAUGCUUAUUUAGGUAUUGCAGAAGAUUUUAGUCGAAUGUCUAUGCUAGGCCAUCAAUUCCGUUUUCAUUUUGAUGGAACUGCUGUUGGAUCAUUCAAUCCAUGGAAGGAAGAUUGUAUUAUAGGUGCCGGUUUUGAUUACAAAGGAAAGGUGAAUGUGGCUUAUUCAGGAGUAAACAGCAACAUGUUAAAAUGUCAAUCAUGGUCAUCAAGCUCUCCUCAUGAAACAAAACAUAAGCCCUUAACUGAUUCUGAUCAUAACUAUUGUCGCAAUCCAAAUCUGGAUCCACAAGGUCCCUGGUGUUACACGCUUGAUCGAAAUGUUGAAUUUGCCUAUUGUAAUAUUCCUCAAUGUUCUGAAUUUCUUACACCAUUUGAGUUGAACAAAGAUUACUUUCAAAUAGCACAACAUGAGAGAGGUUUUGUAUCUGAUACAGGAGUAAAUAACAACAUCACAAACACAGAAGAUGGUAUUGCAGGAAAAAAAUGCUUAUCAAGCGGUGGAGUUAAAAAUUAUGGACCAUCUGGAAAACCGACAGGGAAAUGGCUCAAGCUAAAAAGUUGUGAUAAAUUGACUGGUGAAGGGAGUAUUUCUGAGGAUCAAAAAUUUGUUUGGGACAUCAGUAGAAGAAGAAUACUUCAUGUUGAUUCCAUGUUGUGCAUUGCAGCAACUUCUGGGAAAUCUGAAUCCUCUGUAUUUCUUGAUACAUGCAGUGCUGAGAAGGCAACACAGAGAUGGAGAACAGAAGAUAAUAUGGUUUUACUAGAUUAUUUUCAUGUUGAUGAGAACGUACACUUGGACAUUAAUGGCAAUGAUAUGAUUGUAAGCAGUGUACUUUUACGCUCAUUCUCUGCUUCUCGAGCUGGUGGACAUUUAGUUGAUUGGUUAGGAUUAAGAAAAGCAUACGGAGAUGAAUCCUUUGAACUUUAUAAUUAUGGUCUGGAUAAGUGCUUGGCUCUGGAUGUUGGUGACAAAUUGGGCAAACGUGGUACAUUGUUUGUCGGUGAAACGGCAUAUCUGACUAUGCUUCCCUGUUCUGCUACUCCACGAUUUCAAUGGAUGAGGUUUCCUGCAUCUCCGAACUUAUUGCUCCAUGUUCAGACAUCACUGUGCUUGUCUGUUGAUACCAAGAAAUUGGGAGCAAAAGUUUGGCUGAAAAAGUGUUCAGUUCAAGAUAAUUCACAGUGGUGGACUUGUUCAGGAUACAAGGGACAAAAUAUUGCUCUCCAAUCUGAUAGGAACUUAGUAGUGGGAUCUCUUAACAUAAGCAUGAAACUAAGCUCGUCAUCAGAAGAUAAUACUUUAUGGAUUGCUUGGGGAUCAACCAAUAGAACUACAUGCCAAUUUAGAGUUGCGAGUGGGGAUUUACCUGUAGGAAGUAAUUUUGCAAUCAAGAAUCGACGUUCUCCAACAUGUUUACUUCCUGAUAAAGUUGGAAAUCUUGUGAUGAAAGAUUGUGUUGAGAAAGGAAAUAAAUCAGAUGAAGUUUGGAGUUUCACUCGAGCACCUACUAUGAUUCGUCAUAUUAAAACAGGAAAAUGCAUUCGAGCUGGAUCUGCAACUUCUGGAGGGACGAUAAUGAGCUAUAGAUGCAGCACACAGGAUGCUUUACAACAUUGGACAAUAUUUUCAACAUCACCCGAACAUUACACUGACGAGCAUAAUCAUUAUUACAGCCUUCAUCUUGUUAUUAAUCCUAGUCUUGCUAUAGCUAUUGAUGGAAGAACAUCAGCUUUAAAAUUGCGGGAUAGUACUGCUGUGCACUGGGAUGCAUUUGGCGGGUCAGGAAUUCGAAGUUCAAUUUUUUCCAAGACAGAUUGUGCUGUACAUACUUCAUCUGCUAUAUAUUAUGGUGGGACUACAAUGGUUACAAAGUAUGGUCGCAGAUGUGUUCAAUGGACAGAUACAAGGUAUGGUUCCGUAUUUCCAGACCUAGAAGAAAAUUAUUGUAGAAAUCCAGGGAGAGCAACAAUGGAACCAUGGUGCAUUGUGUUAAAUGCGAAUGGCAUACCAACGAAAGAGGAUUGUGGUAUACCAGCAUGUUCACCAGUGAAAGUGAAAGCGGAUGCAGAUGGAAAAUGGUUGCCAAGUAGUGGACAAGAGAAGCUACCAUAUAUAUGCCAAUCUGAACCAGAAUGUUAUCGAGGGAUAGGAUUAGAUUACAUUGGAUCAUGGAAUGCAACAAGAAAAGGAUAUUGUGCAUUUUGGAAGGAUCAUAAAGAAUCAGGAUUUGAAAAAAACUAUUGUAGAAAUCCAAACAGUGCAACCUCUGGGCCAUGGUGUUAUACUUCCAAGACUAAGACAAGCAGAGAAACAUGCCCGAUUCCAAAAUGUCACAAAACCUGCAGAGGAACUCCUGAAGAAGUUUAUCACAGUGAGGUGGUUGAAUUAAAAACAUCGGCUUCUGUGUAUGGGAUUGAAGAGAAAACAUCCAUCACGAAGCGUUGUCACAAAGGCUAUUGGAUUGGAAAAAAUGAAUAUAACACUGAAAGUUUUUGUUCCGAUGCUAAAUGGGUUCCUGAACUAUUGCCAUGCAAAAUGGUUACUUGCUCAGAAUUCAGUCGUACAGUAGAGGGUGCUACACUAUCAGCAUCAUCAUCUUCAUUAUAUGAUCAAUAUACUUAUUUUACUUGUCACACUGGAACCCUGGCAGGACCUGGGAAAUCUAAAGUUUCCUUUCGUUGUAAUGAAUUUGGGGAUUGGGAGGAAGAAGAUCCUGAAGAGCAGAAAUGUGUGAAUUCAUGUGAUGAGGGUUGGACUCAAUUCCGAGAAUAUUGUUUCAAAACAUUUCCUGAUCAGAAGCUCAAUUUCACUGAUGCAUUGGCAUAUUGUCAAGAUCUGGAUGGAACAUUGCCAGAUAUAGAUGAUAAAAUAAUGUAUGAUUUUUUACGUGAUAUCAUAUGGGAAUCUGAUGAACCAAGUAAAUUCAUAUCCUACUGGACUGGUAUCAGAACAAUCUGGGAUAAAAAAUCUGGUGCUUCUGAUAUUACCAAGUCUCGAUUUAAAUCAAUAAACUACAUUGAUGAUCCAAAUGCUGAUGAAGAAGCAGGAAUUGGACAUUUACCAAUGCUUUACAUAACUUUCAAAAUAAUGCAAUUUUCUCACGGUCGAAAAACCCAAGAAUUCAUGGACAUAUUACCAUAUGAUAGGAGAUGCAUGUUUGGAUAUGACCACACUGAUUACAUAGUAUCACGUUCAUGUAGUGAUUACAUGCACAGAAGAAUGUUGUGGACAUGGAUAACACCUUAUCAUUUAUAUCAUGUUGCUACUAAAAAGUGUUUAACUGGAUCUCAAGCAAACUCAAAAACUGAAAAAGACAAAAUGGUAGCAGCUACUUUAAAGAAAUGUGAAAGAAAUAACAAAAAUCAAUAUAUUACUUGCAGAAGACAUGGAAGUGCUUCAUUAAAAUUAAGAUUUAGUGAAGCAAGUUUUUUCGCUGAUGAUGUCCGAGAACAAGACUGGGAUAAAGUAGUCAUGGGAGAUGAUGAGUAUGGUAACAACAUGUCGCAUUGGAUUAUAGAUGAAAGAGAGGUGGAUGUUUGUCAUUGGAGUUUAACAAAAAAAGGAAAUGUUUUUCUCAUCUGGGAGGGAACACAAGCUGCAGGAUCAAGUUACUCGUACAGUGAAGCAGAAAGUAAAUGCGAGGAAAUGGGAGGGAGAAUUGCUACUCAAGAAGAAGUUGAUAAAAAAAGUGAAUCAGAAGAUGUAUCAGCAUGUGAGUGUGCUUGGGUUGAUGGAAAUAAAUUAAUAAGUGUUCACAGACAAGAAUCGAAAGGCUGUGAUAAAAGUAAUCCACCUGGAGUUAAAAUGUGUAAUUCACAGUCAAAAGCAGAUGUGUUCUGUUAUAGAGGGGAGGAUAUGGAUGCAUUAGAUAUGCCUUAUGGAUUGGCUUUGUUACUAGAGAAUACAACACGACAAGGGUUGCAGGAGAAACCCAUUGAAGAACCGCAUAAGUUGGUGUGUCGGAAAUUAGCAAGAUGGCAUUGUCCUCCACCACCUAUAAUACCUCGUGCUAAAAUUAUGGAGACAAUAGAGACAAGUUACUCUUAUCUAGGAUUCACUACUUACACCUGCAAUGCAGGAUUUUGGUUUGAAAGAGGAGUUUUUAGCAAAGUUGUAAGAUGUACAUAUAAACUACAUUGGGAACCUGAUCCAGCUGACCUGUCAUGUGAACCUUUGUACUGCCCUCCUCCUGCAGAAAUAGUCAAUGCAAAUUUGACUGUUCAAUCUGUGAAUAUUCAUGGUAAAGCAAUAUAUCAUUGUGAUUUUGGAUAUCAAUUUGGAUGGUCACUGUUUAAUUUGGAAGUAACUUGUGAAACUAAUGCAUAUUGGGAUCCAUCACCAGCUACUCAACAAUGUACAGCUGUAACAUGUAGACCACCAGCAAGUGUGAAGCAUGCUACCCAUGUAACAUAUUCAUUAUCAUAUCCUUACAAUACAACUUAUACCUGUGAACCUGGGUAUUGGUUCGAACCUGGGGUAUCUGAAUGGAAUUCAAUGUGCAAUGGUGAUGGCAGAUGGAAGCCGGAACCUGAAUCUUUACGUUGUUGGGAAAUUGUUUGCUUAGCUCCCCCCUAUAUUCCAAAUGUAGUUUGGAAUAGAUUUGGAGUCAAAAAAAUGGACAUGUCAUGUAUGGAAGGGUUCUAUUCAAUACACAUUGAUGGAAAAAUUGAAGAUUAUAAUGAUUGGAACAUGACAUUAACAUGUGAAGAUGAUGGAUUCUGGCAUCCUAAUCCUGAAGAAUAUAAGUGUGUAGAAUAUCAAUGUACACGUCCUCCUGAUGUACAGGGCGCGAAAAAUUCUGCCAAUUCAAAAAUCAUGUUAUUUUCUCAUGGUUCUACGGUUGAAUAUCAUUGCAAGCUUGGAUUCUCAACACGAUGGACUUUUACUUUGUACAAUCCUCUUGAAGAUGUUUGUCUCAUGAUAGAUGAAGAAGACGUAGUGUAUGCUUCUUCUAGUGCAUGUGGAACUUCGUCUGCUCUAAGUACAAGAUGGUAUUUGAAUUCAAUGAUUCAGGAUGUUGAUACUGAAUUGUGUUUGAGCACAGAAGCUGUUCCUACUGCUGUUGAUUCUAUACAGAAAUUGGUUAUGAAGAAUUGUAAUGAAUCUGAUGCUUCCCAACAAUGGUAUUGUAAUGAACAUGGUACAAGUGAUUUAUUGCUUGGAAUUAAUUCAUCUGUACUUGCAUUCAUUGGCGUGAAACGACUGAGAAAUACUGCUUAUGUUACCAUAGACCAUUUAAAAUGGUUGGAAUGGAUUGAUUAUUUUGAAAUGGGCAAUGUUUUGGAACAAAACGUAUGCAAAUUCAAAUCAACUACAAACAAGCAAAAAACCGUUUGUUAUAAAGAUGACAAGUGGGUUCCAGAUCCUAUGAAAAGUAUCAAAUGUGAGGAAAUAACAUGUUCUGUGUUACCGGAUGUUCCACAUGCCACUCAUAUACUGUCAGGUUCAUCUGAAAUUUUUGAGCUACCGUUUUCUACUGCAGUUCGUUAUACUUGCGAUGAAGGCUAUGAAUAUCUUCCAGAGAGAGUUUCUUAUGUUACCAGGUGCUCAGAAGUUGGAGUGUGGGCACCUGAUCCAAGAUCACUUCCAUGCCGGCCGAUUCGAUGCCCCGUGUUCAAACCUCCAUAUCAUAGUUUGAUCACGAAAGGAUCUGUUGAUGAUUAUGAAUUCAAUAACGAGAUUCAUGUCAAAUGUCCAAAUGGUUGGAUGUUCAGACCUGGUGUAUUUGAUAUGAUGGCAAGAUGUAAUGCUAAAGGAAGAUGGGAAACUUCAAAUCCUGCAGAUACUUGCAAAGAACUGUUCUGUGAUCCUCCCACUGAAGUAAAACAUACAACAAUCAAAACAACGUCUGAAGAAUUUCGAUUUAACACUGUUGCAAGAUAUACAUGUGAUGAAGGAAGUUGGUAUUAUCCUGGUCAAGUUUGGAGAGAAAGUUUUUGUCAAAGAUCUGGAUUCUGGGAACCAAAUCCAACUACAUUUGUGUGUGUUGAGGCUUCAUGUGGUGAGCCACCUGAGGUAGCACAUACAAAAAGAGAUGGUGCUGUUGCUAGAAAAGAAGACGAACGUUAUCCAUUUGGCAGCAUCAUUUUUUUGAAAUGUUCACCUGCCAGACAGUUUACAGAAGGAAUACAAAAAUUAGCAAUAUCUUGUCACAGAGAUUCACUCUGGCAUCUUGAUCCUUUUUACUUAAAAUGCGAGGAAAUCGGGUGCCCCAAAAUCACCCCAUUGCCAAGAAAUUCCUUUUUAGUGGGUACUGACUAUGGAAUAGGAUCUAUUAUAUACAUAACUUGCUUCGAUGGAUAUAGAAUAAACUCGCAUGACCUUAAUUCACCAUCCAGAGCUCCGGUAACUUGUCUUGAAACCAAGGAGUGGGACAUCAAUAUUAAUUCAAUAUCUUGUAAACCUAUUUCUUGUGGCAAACCAACCCCAAUUCGAGACUCUACUCUUCUGGGAUCAACUUUUCUACUUGAUAAUUUUGCACAAUUUGUGUGUGAUGUUGGAUAUUGGCUUCGUCCCGGAAUCCAUUAUUUACUUUCUAAAUGUACACAAGAUGGUACAUGGCUACCGGAACCAUCUGCAUUUAGUUGUGAAGUUGUUGUCUGUGGUCAUCCAGGAACUUUUGAAAAUGGCUUGAUUUAUUUAUCAGUUGGUUCUAUUGAGUAUAAUUCAAAAGCAUGGUUAAUAUGUCAUGAUGGGUUUUGGAUUGCUGGAUUCUUUGCAGCUGAUUAUAUGCUUCUAUGCAAUGAUGAAGGUCUUUGGAUGCCAGCUCCUGAGAAUAUAUAUUGUGUUUCUGUGAAAUGUGCAGAUCCUGGGGUUUUACCUCGAACCACUCGUGAAAUUGCAAAUUCACCACCUGAUUCAUCUGAUUUAUUUGAUGAGUAUGGUAACCGAUACUAUAUUUAUGAGACCCAGUUGACUUAUUAUUGUCGAGAGGGUCUUCAAUUUGGAAGACAGCAAAGGUACAUCUCAACAACAUGUGGAAAAGAUGGAUUCUGGAGUUUGGACAUUACUACCAUGUCAUGUAGUGAUAUUAUAUGUGAACCACCUUCUGGAAUUUUAUUUGGACGAGUUAUCGAAAAUAUGGCAACAUCUUCUGAAGGAUAUUCAGUGAAUUCGACAGUAACAUUCUCAUGUAACAAAGGAUAUUGGUUUGAAAAAGAUGUUUAUGUCAAAGAAGUUUCUUGCCUCUCCAAUAAUCAAUGGUCAAUAAAUAUAGAAUCUAUUGCUUGUAUACGAGUAACCUGUGAUGAACCUCCAGAAAUUGAACAUGGAACAUUUAUAAAUACUGGCCUGACUGCAACUGAUAAAACAACUUAUGCAUGUAAUACUGGUUAUCGUAUUUCACCUGCAGGGGAAAUUUUCUGUAAUGAAAAUGGGAUAUGGAGUCCACUUCCUGAAACGCUCAAAUGUUUACCUGUUGAAUGUUCGACUCAAUUGAGUAUACCGAAUGCAUUUGUUUCAAAUACUAAUAAUGAUAGCAGCCCAGUAUCUGACUUGCCUUAUGGUUCUCAAAUGCAAGUGAUAUGCGAAACUGGUUACUAUUUUUCACACGGAAUAACAAAGAUCAACAUAACAUGCUCUGAUAGAGGAAAUUGGAUUGAUGAUUCCCUAGUUUGUCUUCCAGUAUCUGCAUUUGAGUGUUCUUCUCAGUACAGAAUCAAAAAUGCUUUUCUGCGGGAUUGGGAUGAAAAUGAAAUAACUUUUCAAUGUCAUCCAGGAUUUUAUUUUUCGUCACAUUCAAACGAAUCCAUGAUUACAAGAAAAGUCACUCUGAAGUGCAAUGACACAGAAAGUUGGAUACCUGAUCCACCUACUUUGGAAUGCAAUGAAAUAAAUUGUUCAAUGCCAAUUAUCAAAGAUGGAGGUAGCAUUAAAGAAACACUUACUCCCAAUAUUUCCAACUUUGAAUUCGCUUCAUCUCUCACCGUUGUUUGUGAUCCUGGAUAUGCAAUCAUACAAAGUACAAAGAAUGGACCAAGAAUUCUCCACAGAAGUCUAAGUAUAACUUGCAAUGAAACAGGAGAAUGGAAUCCUGAUCCUGAUGUUGAUUAUUGCAAAGAUAUGGUUUGUGGAAAUCCUCCAGAAAUUAUGAACGCAACUUUCACACCUACUAUAAUUUCCAAUUCAACAUUGCCAACCACUCGUUCAUCCAAUGCUACAAUAGCCAGUGUCAAUUCUAAUGAUACAUUUGAAACAAAUGUGACGAACACAACACAGUCUCCUUCAUAUUCAAUUCUGAAUGAGACAAACACAACUGAGAAUUCAGUAUUUAAAGCAAUUACAUAUGAAUGCGAUGGACAUAUGGCUUUCAGUCGUGAUUCUGUUACAUUUGAUUCAAAAUGUUCUGAUGAUGGUACAUGGCAGCCUGAUCCUAAACUGCAAUCUUGCAAAUAUUAUAAAUGUGAUAUUCCUUCUCAACCACCGAACUCAAACAUAUUAUUGGAAAAUUCUGACGAUGGUUUGCAGAUAUUGAGACUGAGUUGUAAAAAAGGAUACAGGAUAUUGAAAAAUGAAACUUACAUUUAUUCAACAACUAUUCUUUGUAAUAGAACAGGACAGUGGAUAGAAGAUCUUACAUUAUUAAACUGUGAAGCUGUUACCUGCAAUUCCCCGGCUAAUGUUACUGACACUAUCAUAUCAGACACAAUACAAUGGCAGGAACAAUCUCAAAUAACUCAAUAUGCGUAUAAACACAAAGUCACAUAUUCAUGUUUGAAUGAUAUGUGGUUUUUUCCUGAUCGUUUUACUAGUAGAGUAACAGAAUGUCAAUGGGAUGGAUCAUGGAAACCUAGUGUUGAAAAAUUAAAAUGCAUCAAGAAACAAUGUGUUCAGCCGCCCUAUGUUGACAAUUCCGUUGUUACAGGAGAUUCUUUGUCACUUGGUAGCAAAUGGAUUUAUAAAUGUAAAAAAGGAUAUGAUUUCAAUCAAGGAAUUUAUGAACAGGAAAUAUCAUGCCAGUCCAAUGGAAUAUGGUUUCCUGACCCUAAUAUUAAUUUCACUUGCAAAGCAAUUAUAUGUGAUCCACCACCAAUCAUAUCACAUACCAAAGAUGAAUUUUCCGACUUGUUUGAAUCAGAGUAUACAUUCUAUGAAGGUUCUUUUUAUACUUAUCAUUGCAUGGAAGGAUAUUGGAUUGCAGAUCGUACAAACAGAAAGAAAGCAAUCCAAAUUACAUGUGAAGAAGGAAAAUGGGUGCCGGAUCCUACUGAAGUAAUUGAGUGCACAACAAUUGUUUGUGAUGUGCCUGUGCUUGUAAAAAGUGCUCGUGUUGAAGGGCUUAAUCAUAUGUAUGGUGAUAUUAUAUUUUAUCAAUGUGCAAAAGGACAACAUUUUCUAUCUCAUCGUCGACAAAAGGUUAAUGUAACUUGCCAUGAAGAUGGGUUGUGGCUUCCUGAUCCUUAUGAAUUGGAAUGUACCGAUGUCAUUUGCAAAGAUAUUAAUAUAGAAGGAUCUGUGAAGGAAGGUGAUAGAAUAGAUAUGGAUGCCUUUGUUUCAUUUCAUUGUCCCAGUCCUACUUGGCUAGAAAGAGAUGUAACGGAAAUUUCAACGGUCUGUGAUGAGGAUGGGAGAUGGCAACCUGAUGUUGAUGAAAUGGCCUGUAAAACAAUCACAUGCGAGCCUCCUUCACUUGAGAAUUCUUUGGUGAUUGAGAGAAAUCUAUCAUAUACGAAUCGUGUGAAGUUAAGAUGUAAACCUGGGUAUAGGAUGCUGCCAGAAGUAUCUGCCUAUCCUAGUGUGCUUUGUGAUAUAAGUGGAAAUUGGUAUCCUGAUACCUCUCAUUACAGAUGUGAAGCCAUAGCAUGUGAUCCUCCUCCAUAUGUUCUUCAUGCAAAAUUAUCUGGUAACUUAACAUUUGAUUCGGCAAUGAGAGUUGAAUGUGAGGCAGGAUAUUAUUUUCGACCAAAUAUGAAUUAUAUUGAUGUUUAUUGUGAGGCUGAUCGUACUUGGUCUGAAGACUUCAACAGAAUGGACUGUAUUCCUGUUCGUUGUUCUCAAGCACCCAUGAUAUUACACUCCUCACGUUCUGUGAUUAGUUCCAUAAAUCCUCCCAGCUAUAGUGCGCAAAUCAAAUAUGAUUGUGCACCUAACUACAGGAUUGAAGAUGGAAUAUUUUCGAAAACGAUACGAUGUAAUGAAUCUGGUGUUUGGGAUCCUCAACCUGAUUUUGAAUGUUCAGAAAUAUCAUGUCCGAGACCAACUUAUAAAAAGAAUUCUGAUGUUGUGUAUCCACCUGAGAUUAGGAAUAUCUCGAGUCAGGUUGUUGGCACUAAAUUACGCUAUGAUUGUCGGCCAGCAUAUUGGAUUUCUGCUCAACAUGCAUUGAUGGAAUGGUCGUUCAUUGGAAUAAGAUUUGUUGAGAUAGAAUGCAAUAAAAACGGAGAAUGGGAACCAAAUUUAUUAUCGUUUCAAUGCAGAAAUAUGGAUAAUGGUCCAUUACCAUCUGGAUUUGACAGUGGACUCUCACUUGCUGAAGUUGUAGCAACUGGUUGGUCAAAGAAGGCAAAUACUGUAUCAGAAGAUAUGGAACAACAUCAAUAUAAAACUGCAAUUCCAACAGGUCCUUUGUUUUGGUUGAACGGCGUUUCAGAUGAGAGAUCUCAAGCACAAUCUGUUCAUGACUUUGAUAAGUUUGCAGGAAAUCUUUGGGAUGGGAAACCAAACACAUUUUUCAUUCCUCUUCAAACAAAAAAUCGAGAUUAUGGAGUUGUCUUCUAUCUUGGGGAUCUGUUUCUGAUGAAAGGAAUAGAGAUAUUGUCUGAAAAUGUGAAAAAUGUGCCAGGAAGUGCAGUGAUAGAUUUUAACCUUGCAUUUUCAAAUGAUGGAAAAAGUUUUGAUGAAUCUGAUUUAGCUUUUCGAACGCCUCGUAGCAAUAUGAGAUCAAAUUUCACAGAUGGAAAGAAUGAGCCUUAUCUCAAUGAAUCUGUAUCAAAGAGGCCAGUUGUGGAAGGACUACCAACUUAUUUUAAUCCAAGAGGAAGAAGCAAUAUAGUGACAACAAAAACAUCAUCUGGAUCUUUUCAAUUCGAAGGAUUUUCAACUCCUUCCAAAUUUGUUAAGGUGUCUUUCAUCUCCACACAAAAUCCUAAUCUUCCACCAAUUAUUCAAGAAAUUCAAUUUCACACUGCACCUGCUGAAUGGGCUAUUGUGUAUCCAACUGAUUAUUUCACAAUACCAUCUAUUAUAUUUGUGUUCUUUUUAAUCUGGAUAUUAACCUAUUACUUUGGUAUGAUUUUGGAUCGCGGAGAUUUGAACGUCGUGCAUUUCAGUCAUGAAGAAGGUUUAAUGAAAAAGAAAAAUGCCGAAAUGAUAUCAAACAAUUAUUUUGUAAGAUUUAAAGUUUCAAACAUGGAAAAAGUUGGUUUUAUUGUUGCAAGAUUUGUUGGAGAUGAACACCAGUCCAAUCUUAUUUGUCUUAAACCCGAUGCUUCAAUUCUUAAAAGAAAGCAUGUGAUUUUGUUGUUUGGCGGAAAUGAAAUUAUGUUCCAACCGAUGAAAUUGGAAUUUGGAUUUGUAUCAAGUGAAGAAGAAAGUGAUCCAGAUAGUUCGAUUUCUGAUUAUCCAGUUAAGAAAGAAGAUGCAAAUGAAGAUGACAUUGUUGAAUUUGAAAUUAAAAUUGCACAAAUUUCCUCACUGAAUUGAGUAGAAAAGACAAAUCACUGAUCAUAUUUGUUGGAUGUUUCUUCAGUACGGUCACAAGUGUGAUACUUACGAUGAUUGAUUUUCUCACAACAUCGUUAACCUGUCUUGGUGUGGGAUUUUUAACU